AUGGAACGACCAUCCAGCCGCAGGAGGAUACGAGGCGCACGCAAUUCCCAAGAGUGCCGAAGAGUGUCACCAGGGUCUGGAGAGGGAAAGCCGAGCCAAGGGACCGUCCAUUGGUCCAAGCGACAUCUGGCAGUUGUCGUCAUAUCGGUGAUCUCUCUGGUGGCAUUGUUCCGGGUUCUUGAAGGUUCGAACAUUCCAGGUUAUUUACCCGGCCUCGCACUCAAGGAGCACGUUCUGGACGUAUCCUUGCACCCUGCCACUGAAGAGUUGCACCCUGAAGAUCAUAUCUAUCGUCGUGCAACAACCAUCCACCUUAACUGGACAGUGACUGCGGGAGACCGUCAUCCCGAUGGUGUUCGGAAAUCCGUCUAUCUUAUCAACGGCCGUUUCCCUGGCCCAACCAUCGAAGCACGUUCAGGAGAUCGCUUGAUCAUCAAUGUUAAAAACGGGCUUGCGGAUGAGGGCGUGUCUGUGCAUUGGCAUGGUCUGCACAUGAAAGAUGGCAAUCGAAUGGAUGGCACAACAGGAGUGACCCAAUGUGCCAUCGCCCCCCAAGAAUCUUUUCUGUACGAUUUCACCAUAUCUGACUCGCAGAGCGGAACCUACUGGUAUCACGCGCAUUCCGGAUUGCAGAGAGCCGAUGGGCUGUAUGGUGGAUUGGUGAUCCAUCGCCCUGCCCCCAGAGGUGUUCGAGGAGUCCAACUUCGACAUCCGGAAUCAGAUAUUCUGCGAUACAAUUACCAAAAGGAAAUCCUCCUGCUGGUAGGGGAUUGGUAUCAUAGACGUGCCCAUGAUGUCUUGGAAUGGUACAUGAGGGCCGGAUCAUAUGGAAAUGAGCCUGUACCGGAUUCUCUUGUUAUCAACGGAGCUGGCCACUUCAAUUGCGCCCAAGCAGUUCCAGCCCGUCCCGUUGAUUGUCUUGAGGACGGCCAUCCCGUGCCAUACUUAAUAAUAGAUCCCACACAAUCAUAUCGGGUUCGGCUGGUAAAUACUGGGUCUCUUGCGGGCAUUUCCCUGGGCGUUGCCCAAGGGUAUCUUGACGUCCUCCACCUUGAUGGAGGCCUAGAUGUGCAGGAGUUGAGACGGCCAAAGACAUCAAAUCCACAAUCGAUAGGCAUCCUAUAUCCCGGACAGAGAGUAGAUUUUAUUUUACGGCAUCAUCGAAAUGCUCCAGCAAAAUCGUCCCUCACCGUGGAGCUAGAUCCAGAAUGCUUCAAGUAUUCCAAUCCAGCACUCUCCUCCCUCCAAUCCUUCCCGAUAUACAGUACAAUUUCCAAGAGCAUAAAGCAAACUUCCCUGCCACAGCCUCUGACCCUCCCCGCAAAAAAUCACAUCGACCUCACACAAGUAUCUUCCACGCCAGCCCUACUCUCCGGCCUCCCCCCUGAAGCCGAUCAAACUUACGUUGUAUAUACUAAAAUCUCAAAAAUGUCUAAGAACCACAACGUUCCCCUUGGCUAUUUUAAUCACACGUCGUGGCGUCCGCAAUCCACUCCUCGAUAUCCGCUCAUCGCACUGGACCCGCACGAUUGGGACAAGAACCAGCUCGCAAUUUCAACAGGGAGUAAACCUGUCUGGGUCGAUCUUGUCAUUAAUAACCUUGACGAAGGCGCCCAUCCGUUUCAUCUUCAUGGCCACGACUUCUUCGUGCUCACACUUCAUGCCGCGACCCAAGGCUGGGGUUCCUAUAACCCCUUCGACCCUCAUCCGCGGCAUCAGCAAUUCCGACCAUCUUCGAAGGACCUGGAAAAGGCGGUGCUCCGCGAUACAGUACAGAUACCCCAACGCGGGCAUGCCGUUCUCCGGUUCCGCGCUGAUAAUCCUGGCGUCUGGUUGCUCCACUGUCACAUUCUCUGGCACCUAGCAGCCGGGAUGGCGAUGGUGAUUGAUGUUAUGAAUGGAUUUAACGUGGGGGAAAAGCCAGGAAUUGCAGGAGGUGAAAACAUCGCGAUGUGUCAGUAUUUUUAG